AUGGUGAACUUGGUAGGAAUAGCCAAGAAACAACUGGUGCACCGCCCGGUGAAGAGGGCCGGGCUGCGGCCGCACGCCGUCGACGUCGACGACGCCGGCACGGUCGUCAUCGUCUGGGUGCCCAAAGACAAGCUACCGGCCGCCGACGAGGGAGGCGGAGAGGAGGAAGAAGCAGAAAGCAAAAGCGAGACAGCAGGCUCUCGGCUAUUGCUGGUCUGUAACAGCAUAACGCACUGCUCCAGCUGGUUGGAGCACUGGCGAAGCACUGACGUGUACGUCCCAGACUUGCUCUACUUCGGGGGCUCGACAUCGCCGGCGCCCGGCCGGUCCCCGGGGUUCCAGGCGGAGUGCGCGGCGGCGGCGCUGCAGAGGCUCGGGGUGGAGCGGUGCGCGGCGGUCCUUCAGCUACUACGGGUUCGUGGCGUUCAGGAUGGCCGAGGCGACCCGGGUCUACCACCCGAGUGCUUUCUGGUAGAUCGAGUCAGAACACAUGUAAAUGCUUAG